AUGUAUUCUUGGGAGGUUUUGGAAUAUCAAGUGUUCUUAUGGCAGAAAAUCUCUCGGGAAGGCCCACUUCUAGAAGCACUGAAUCGUAUCGACCAUGAAAACAGAGUGAAAGCUGAUGAAAAUGAGUCUCUUCAUGCAGAAUUAACAAAAGCUCGUGCAGAGUUAGAAAGUGUGGCUUCACGAGUAACCACGUCUAGUGGAGAUGUUAAUGAAAUUAGCUCACAACUGGAAAUGGUAAAGGAGAGCCUGGCACAGGUGACUGAGCUUGCAAUGCAACAGAGCAGCAGCAGCUUCUACUUGGUGAAGAGAGAAUUAUUAGCAAAUGACGAUGUGCUAAUGCCAAAUGAAGAGCUUCAUAGUGAAUUAUCAUCCCUCCCCUCCCCCCUCUCAUCCAUGGAGCGUGCAAAUAAACUUGAUUAUAUGGUGGAACAGUUAACUCACUCUUUAGAAGAGCUAACAGGUGUUAAAGGAGAAGCAAUAAGGAAAUUGCAAGAAGAGGCAGCUCUUGUAGAGGAGUUGAAGCAAGCCAACACAUCCUUGACACAGCAAACUGGCGAAUACGAUUCAAAAGUUACAUCAUUAUCUUCCGAACUUACUGACCUGCGAGAAACGAUUAGUCAGUUACGCGAAAGUGUUGAAACUAAAGAAUCAGAAUUACAGGUUGCAAAGGAAUGUCUGAAGCAACUGAGAUUGACCUCUUCUGAUGAUAGUGCAGCACCAGAUGAAGAGAAGUUAUCAGCUCUUUUUGAUGUGAUAAGGGUGAAGGCUGAAUUACAAAUAAAGGUAAACAAUGAUCGUCUUAAUCUGGUCGAACAACUACAGGAUGCAGAACAAAUGGCACAAAAGAACUUAGAAGAGGCAAUGGCUUCUAUCCGCACAGAAGUUACAGAAUUAAGAACUCACCAUGACGUGGCUAUUAGAGAAAAGCAAGAGGCCAUGAGUAAAUUAGAAGUCUUGACGAAGUACUUUGAAGAAAAAGAAGCACAACUUACAAAAGAACUGGAGUCACAAGAAGGAUUAAGAGUUAAUGCUGAAGGUUCUGCAGCUGUUGUUGCAAAGAAAAUUCAGAAUUAUGAAUUGGAAUUAGCAUCUUACAAGAAACAUAAAAAGCAUUCUACUUUCGUGGAUAUUAAGCCUAAGAGGCAGCUAUAUCAGUUACCUCCUGAGGUUAUCAAUCUCUCUGAUCUAUCUCCAACUACUGCCAAUGUUCCUCUGUCAGAUGAGUACAAAGUAGAAUGGGUCAAAGCUAGAGCAGAAAUGAAAAGGCGCAAGUCUUCAGCUUCUUCAACAGAUAAAUCUGAUAAAGCUAGUAUGUCCCCAACAUCAAACAGAAAUUCAGCUGGGUCAUCAUACCCAUCUUCUGAGUCUUUAGCUUGCCCUAGUGAUUCAUCCACAAAUCUGGUUGAUUCCCCCAUUCGACCGUGCCGUAGGAAAGAUGUUAAACUAAGUGAUGAUGAUGAUGCCAAAGAACAUAGAUUAAUUCGUGCACACACAGUAGAUGUUGUCCCAGCAGCAGCUGCAGUUUCAACUGAACCAGUAAGCAUCUCUGAAAUGAUUGAGAUAUCACCUUUGAGACCAUCUUCCUUAACUGUUAUGACAGGAUCUCAUCCUGUUUCUGUCGUUUAUUCUGCAUCUCGUCCUAGUGUCUUCCAUCGCACAGUCUCUCCUGUUGGAAGAUCUGGUUCAUUAAAUGAUGAUUUACCUAGCACAUUAUCUGAAAUAAAGGAAGAUAUCCCUGUUGUUACUGAGGAGAGAGUGAUGAAGAGAGAGCUUUCAAUUCCAAGCUUGUGCCUAGAUGAUGAUGUCACUGAAAGUGUCAAAGAAAGUCCUGCUUCUGAUGACUUCAAGAGCUCAGUAGCAGCAAUACGUAGUUUCUAUGAGGCCAAGAAGGGAAUUUUGUUGGGCAAAUCUAAGAAUGAACCAGGCUUCAGACUAAGAACACAAGUUGAAACCUUGCGAAAGGAAUUAGAAGAGCAGGAGGCCUCUUACAAAUCUCAGAUAACUAUUCAUGAACAAAAAGCCCAUGAAAAUUGGUUACAAGCGCGUUCAGCGGAACGCAAAAAUGAGGAACAGAGACAAGAAAACAGUCAGUUAAGAGGUAGACUGACAAUGUUACAGAAAGAGAAGGAGGAGGUCCAACAGUCCCAAGUCAACAUCAUUAAACCUACACCAAAACGUGUAGAUGCUAAUGGAACCAUGUCCUCUCCAAGGCCCAUGGUAGAUGGUGUAGAUGGUGAUCAUUCUGGCCCUCCAUCCCUUCACAGGGACCUAGAUUCUCCCCCUAUACCCCCCCCUCAUCCCAUGCAUGGGCCACCAAUGUUGCCCAUGAUGUUCCCUCCUGGAGGUCCUCUUCCUCCUGGUGUGCCUCCUCCCCAUGGUCUCCCCCCACCACCACCUGGUCUACCCCAUGGUGUUCCCCCACCUCAUGGGUUACCUCCUCAUUCCAUUAUCCCUUCCUGGACGAAUACUCCCUUUAUGGGGCCUCUCCCACCACUGCAUGGAGAUCGUCGCCUUCCUCCAGCAGGUGGUAUGUCCUCGCCUCCAUUCCGUCGUUCUGGCUCACCUUCUUACGAUCACAGAAAUGAUAGGUAUUCCCCCUUAAGUGACCGAUCACAUAUAUCAGAUCGGCGACAUUCUCCUCCCCCUCUCCGCCGUAGACCAUUGUCUCCUGAAAUGCAUCGUAAUAGAUCUCCAGAUAGGAGAUCAGAUCGUACAAGGUCACCCGACAGGCGAUCAGAUAGAAUUAUGAGAUCCCCAGAUCACCGUAAUGAGAGGAGGUCUCCUGACCGCCGAUCAGACAGACGAUCUCCUGAUAGACACUAUACAAGGUCGCCUGAUGGUUACAUGAGACAUAGGAAUUCCCCAAGAAGCUACUAUGAUGAACCGGACUACAAUAAUGAUGACUCAAGGUUACGGUCACAUCAUAUAAAAGGGAAGAAGACCUCUACACCUUUGGGUCCAAAUGAUCGAUGAGGGAAGACUUGGUGGGUUAUCUCAUCUUCAUUCUUUGCAUCAACAAAUCAUACACCAUCUGAUAAUUUUCAUUUACAGUGUAAGUGCUACAUUGUGAUUGCAUACUUGUUAAGGAACUGUGAAUUUGUAAAAAAAAAAUGUUCAAAGUGUCUUUCAGUAUUUUUAUUAUAUUUAUGUACUGAAAUUUAUUAAGUUUAAAUUAUGCAUCUUGUUUUGUUAUCAGUUGAUCAGCAAUGAGAUCACUUGAAUUUACUUAAAACUUAAAUUAGAGAAUGAAAGAUGUGAAAGAAAGGAACUUUUCAUAUAUAAGGGCUGUUUAUGGAAGUGAAGUUUAAUAAAGGUUGAUGGAUUGAAAAAAACUGGAUUUGGUGCUUUUGUUUACUAAAAUUUUACCAAGAUUUUCUUUUUGUCACUUUUUGAGCAUUAUUUAUGAACAUAGUUCAGACUGAGCCAAACUUACAUUAAGUUUUCUAAAAGGGUCACCCAAGAGAACAUAUAUUGUUAGGAUGUGUGAAAGAUAGCCAUUGAUGUGUACAUUUGUAAUUUAUGUAUAUUUAGAUUGGUGCAUUUUGUACUUGAUAUCCCCCACAGACACCAUUUAUAAAAGAUACCAUCAUGCUGGGGUAACCUGGUGUUAUAAGACAGGUGCAUGAGGUAGCAGGGUGCUGUCUAUUUGUAGGUGCAUUUGUCUUAAUAUUAUAUUGACAGAAACAUUUAAAUUUAAUAAAAUUCUAAUGAUAUUA